GGUUCCUCCCCCGUCCCCAGGAAGCGCCGCGGAGCCUGCGAGCGACCCUCCUCCUUCCCUCUGGCCGGCGCACCUGCUCCGCGGCGCGCUCAGUCCGCCAUGGGGGGCUCCCUGGCCCCCAACAGCUCCUUCCUCGCCACGCCCAUGCCGGGCUCUCCGCAGGGCGGCGGCGCUGGCGGGCCCGGCGCUGCUUCCUCCCCGUCCGGGGAUGGGCCGGGCUACCGUGGCUGCGAGAACGGGGCCCUGAUGGACAGCUUCGGCAUCUUCCUGCAGGGGCUGCUCGGGGUCGUGGCCUUCAGCCUCCUCAUGCUGAAACGCUUCAGAGAACCAAAGCAUGAAAGGCGUCCUUGGAGAAUUUGGUUUUUGGAUACCUCCAAACAAGCCAUAGGGAUGUUGUUCAUCCACUUUGCCAAUGUGUAUUUAUCAGACCUUACUGAAGAGGACCCUUGUUCACUGUACCUUAUCAACUUUCUGCUGGAUGCCACCUUGGGAAUGCUGCUAAUUUAUGCUGGUGUGCGGGCAGUAAACAGCAUUGUUGAAUGGCAGCAGUGGGAGUCCCUUCGCUUUGGUGAAUAUGGUGACCCCCUUCAGUGCAGUGCUUGGGUGGGCCAGUGUGCAUUGUACAUAGUCAUCAUGAUGUUUGAGAAAACCAUCAUCAUCAUAGUUCUCCUAAUACCUCAGUGGAAAGAGGUAGCUGUAUUGAAUCCUAUAAAGAAUCCUCAGUUGGAGCUGGCUAUUGUCAUGCUAAUAGUCCCCUUCUUUGUAAAUGCAUUCAUGUUCUGGGUAGUUGAUAACUUCCUUAUGAAGAAAGGGAAAACAAAAGCUAAACUUGAAGAAAAAGAAGCUGGGCAGGAUUCAAGGAAUGGAAGUAAAGUUCGAUACAGGAGAGCGGCCUCACACGAAGAGUCUGAGUCAGAGAUCCUAAUUUCAGCAGACGAUGAAAUGGAAGAAUCAGAUGUUGAAGAGGAUCUUCGGAGACUGACUAACUUAAAGCCUGUAAAGAAAAAGAAGCAUCGAUUUGGUCUGCCUGUAUGACAGAUUCUGUGGCCUGCACAUCUGCAGGUUUUGUGACAGAUGCUUCUAUGGACAGUGGAUUUUUCACUUGGCAACACUCUGCUUAUUGCCUGGAAACUGACUCAGAAGAAACAGAACAUGGAUAGUGGGGAAAGCUACCUGUUCAGUUGCACUAUGGAAACACUGACCAAAUAUGCAAGAGUACCUUUUCAUCAUGGGUGGAAAAAUUCUUGUUACCAAGGUGAUUUGUACGUGACCCUUUUGAAAAAGGCGCCAUAGAGCACCAUUGUUUCUGCUAUGGUUCCUGAACGAUAUUAUGAGAGAGACGUCGGAUUAACAACAUUUGAAUCAGUAUGUUUUAUUACUAAAAAAAAAGGCUUUUGCAACAUAUUCCUAGGACAGAAUAGUUUUGCAGUUACAAAUCGUAACUUAAUAUUCUUAUGUAACUUUACUUCUUAAGGGUACUUUUGGCUGUCAAAGUUGCCCCACCCCCCUACCCCAAAGCUCCUCUAACCUAUUUGAACUUUUAUAUUUAAGUUAUAUUUUCAUACUGGGAUAUUUAAGGAUUGUGUUUGUCAAAGAAUAUUAUGUUGUUACUUUCUGUGUGUGGUGAAAAGGUCAAAAACUUGCAGCAAAAAAAAAAAAAAUUCCAUUGUGUCUGUCAUAUAAAGGAGAGUCAUGUGACAAAGGGAAAUGGUGGCCAAGUGGCUACUAGUUACACGUGGCCUUGAAUGGGAGCUCUGUGCAAGCCUGGCUAAACCAAAACACAGUGAAAGGCAGCAAGUAGUUGGCAGAUUAAAUCCCUGGUCACUUCUGUGACCUGAAGACCAUUUGGUGUAUACAUGGUCCUGUGCACUUUAGCAUAAAAGCAACAAUAAUUGGCAAUUCUAUUUGUUGCUGAACAUUUUAGAGACUUCAGUAAUGUUGGUUUCUUAAGUGCUUGCAAGUCUUCUGAGCCCAUAUCUCAGCUAUUCCAAAUCUGAAGCAACAUUCCUUUUCUAUAUAUAUGAUAUUACAAUCUUUCCUUGAAACGAUAACAGUUGGGCCUUCAUGUGAUCGACAGCUAUGAAGAGUGAUGUAACAGGAUUUGUAAUUCUGUUCUUCCUUAGAGCAUUUCUUACUGCUACAAAGAGUGCUGAUCACUUUUAGCAGUAACUCAUUCCUCAAUUUCCUAAGAACAAAAUAAGGCCAGAGGUAACAGCACCUAAUGCAUAUACUCACCCAUUAACAACAUCAUGGUAGUUGCUGCUUUUGUUGUUCUGCUAUCCUGUGGUAACUCAGAAUAUCUCUCUUGUCAAUGGAAUACUUGCCUACCUGAUUUGGUGCCCACGACUUAUUUUGAUGCUAGUUACUGUUUGGCAGUUUUCCAUGCUCAUUUAAAUCUUUGAUACAACAAAACAGCAAAAGUGUUUUCAGAAUAAGAAGGGGGGGAUGCAAAUCUGUAAUUUAUGGUAUCUGAAUAUCAGACUGUAUUUCAAGCCUUACAACACUUUCAACGACAGGAGCUCGGACUUUUCAGAUAUAUUUUUUUACAGUUUUUAUAUGUGUAGUCUGUCUUAAAUGCGGUCGGCUACACAGGCAGCUGGUGUUGGGGGAUAUCCCUGGACUUUGGGAGGUACAAUGCAAGGCUCCAUUGUUGCUUUUUGCUAGCUUAACAGCGGUAGUUCUGAGGGGAGUGACAUUUGCCUCACUUGCCCAGCUGCCCAUAAGAAGCAUCUUAAUGGGCGAUGCGUUUCGGAACUACAUAAUGAAUGGUGGGGGUUGUUUCUUUUGCACAGCAUCAUAUCUGCAAUGUUACAUGUUGGUGUUCAGGGUGAAAACAAAGGGAAAUGAUGCUUAUCUCAAUAUAAAGUUAAGCGAAGCCUCUAUUAGGAGGCGGGGAAAUGCCUGUUCUGUCAAGAAUCACACCUGAAGGCAGGUUCCAUCACACCUUUGUGAGAUUCUUGGGGACAAAUUAGAUGUUUAUGGGAGGCCUUCUCCCCAAUACAUCCACAUCCUUAUCCUCAGUAAGAUUUAUAUGCAAAUAACAUGUAUGGGCUUCCUCUGGACUGGGGCCACAGCAGAGGGGAAAGGAUUAAAGCACCUCUUCUCUCCCUCAUGCUUGAGUCCCCGUGCCGAUGGGGUAUUCCAUACCUGUAAUCUAUUUUUAAAAGUUCAUUCAGGGACUCAAAAUUGUGUGGAUGGCAUCUCAUUUCUGCAGAAUGGCAGAUACGGAUAUGAUUUGUCAAUUUAACUUACUUUACCUGAGGUAGUGAAACAAACCGAGAUGAAACCGUAGGCCAUUUAUUUAUUUUUCAGUUUAAUAAUACCUAGCUGACUAAAUCCAAAAGCUUAACUUUAUUCAUUUCUUCCUGUGGCUUCAGUUACGUGAAAUGUCUGUUUUAAACAGUGUUGGGAUGGGGAAUUGUAAAAAAUGAACCCAAAGCCUUAAUUGUGUUAAAUAUUCCAGCUUGGAGGAGACCUCAGAUUUACCAUUUUAUUGAAUAGCAUGAGGCAUUGGAGAGCAGCUUAAUUCAAAAACCUAAAGAAUAAAGGGUACUCUGUUCAGCUUUUUUGCUGCAUUGUUGUAUUUCACGGUGCUUUUUAUGUCUUGCAGCUUGACAUGAUGAAGCAGUACUGGCCAAAGAUGGGUUUAAAAUGCUCAGAUGUCAGUAAGUGUGCAUGGACCACAUUUAAGAACAAUAAAAAUUGCCUUUGUGGGUCGCAUCUAGAUCUAUGUUUCCCACAACAGUCAGAUUCCUCUAGGCCAGCCUUUCUCAACUUUGGCUCCCCAUUUGUUGUUGGACUACAACUCCCAUAAUCCCUGACCACAGGCCCUGCUGGCUAGGGAUGCUGGGAGUUGUAGUCCAACAAUGUCUGAGGACCCAAGGUUGAGAAAGGCUGCUCUAGCUGUUACGCGGGACAUCAAAUUAAUGGCCUUCUGCUGUCAAGUCCCCAGUAGCUGGUAUUUAGAGGUACACACUGCUUCUAUACAGAGGUCCCGCAUGGUUGUCACAGCUGUUAAAUCAGUUGUCUGUAAACGUCCAUAAAGCUGUCAAAGCUAGUGGUCAUUGCUACAUCACAUCAGAGUUAACAUGUGAAGAAGUUGGAGAAUGGCUUGAAUUUUGCUCUAAGCUCUUCUGUAAAACAAACUAAUUACUUUUGGAAAGGUGCAAUAGAAUAAAGAAACAAUAAUUUUGAAUGGGGGCAGGGGCAGGGGCAGGAUACAGCCUACCUGAAAUUGGCUAUGUUUUGUUCUUUACAGUGCUGCAUUUUUGCUUGCCCUUAAAUUGAUUUGGGGUGUAUUGGCUUGCUCUUCAGUGAGUUGUGGCAGUUUGAAGAGGGCAGAGGAAGUAGGCAAAACCUAAGUGGAACUCUGAAGGUCAAUUUGUAAAGAUCUUGUCACAAAAAAGUGUACUUCAGUCUGUGCUUGAGAAACCUGAUUCUAAUGUGACUAAUGUGGUCCAGUUCUUUCUACGCUUAAAACAAAAAUAGUACCGUGUGCUGAAUUCAAUGGAGAGACUAUCAGUUUCCCCUUGCCAAAUGGAUGAGAUCCAAAAAUGGAACAGACCGUGAUUUGCCUCAUUGACUGUGCAUGAUAUCAUGUGCCCGACAUAAUUAUUUGGGACAUCCUGUGGUGGUUAUGUAGUCAUCAUUUUCUGUUUUUAAACAUAUUAGUGUCUCCCAUACUAUCUUUAAAUGAAAUGCUGUGUGUUAAUGUUGCUGAAAAAAAUGUGUUACAAGCUUCUCUUCAGGGAAAAGACCUCAUACUCGUUGAUUUGUGAACCGAACUACAGCAAUGCAAAGUGUUCCAAAGGCAUUCCCCUCACAAGCAUGUGCUUGGUUUCCAGCUAUGCCUUGCUGGAAGGAAAGCGGUGGGAGGAGGGCUGUUCAGCCUUAACAUUUCCUAUUUUGAAAUCUGGGCAUCUUCGCCCCUGUGCAUGGCUAAUUGCAGUUUGCAGCAUCCGUACAAAAGCAGUGUGGCGGUGGACGCAACAAAACCAGCCACAUCGGCCAAUAGGAAACUUGCAAUGCAUUAAAACUUUUGUAAAAGUUUCCAGUUAAAUGACAGGAAAUUACUAUGGUUUUACAAAGCAAAUGUGUUUUUGUUUUUUUAAGGGAUACUCUUUUCAAUUAGGAUUUUUGGGUGCAUCUGGGAUUCGAAAUAAAAAGUAGGUCCCUUGAAUUUAAAAAUGCAAGUCAAGAUGUCCUCCGGAUCAUGUUUAACUUAUGGUGUUUCAUUAAAAGGGAAAGAAUGUUAUGUACCUAAAUCAUGGUUUACAAUAAAGUUUUGACUUAAUAAAAAAAUGUCCCUUGGUCUCUUCACUUCA